GCUCAAAAAUGUAUCGCAAUGUACAAUUUUAUAGAUACAGCCAAGUGUAACAGUUAAAAAAUUUCUUUGAAACCUUUCACUCAGUGAAAAUUUUAUCACCGACGAAGCAAGUUGAAAUUUCCUCUCCAGUAAUAGAAAAAAAUAAAUUAAAUUUUUCCAACCCAAAACGGACUAAAAGUGAAUUUUUAAAGAAAUAUUAUAAUAAAUUUAAAUAAAUUAAACAAAACAUAGUUAUACAUAACUGCUUGUAAUCUCAAAAGUAAAAAAAUUAAUUAAACAAAGUGUCAGUUUUUUUUAGGUUUAUAUGUAUGUAUAUCCUAAAAAUAAAGUUUUAAAGUUUUAAGCAAAAAUUAAAAAAAAAAGUUAUAUUUUUUCCAAAAAAAAAUCAAUAGAAAAAAGUUAUACAAACAAAUUCGAUUUGUCAUUGCGAAGGAAAAACCCACGUAACCUAAACAGCAACAGGCGACGAUUGUAUAUUUUGCAAAUUUUGGGAUUAAGCGAUUUGGUGUGAAACUUAAUAAGUGCUGAGCUUUGCUGGUUGCGGCUGAUUUAACUAGUUGCUGUUGCUGCUGCCGCUGUUGCUAUUGCGAAUUUUGAAAACUAGGCCGUUUACAUUGCACUACUAACUGCAAUUGUAAAAGCUUACAACGAAAACGAAAACAAAAAGUGAUAUAAAAAGCGCAAAGGAAAAAAUAACUACCGCGCGCCACUAAAAGAGUGAGCUCGCGUUUUCACGGUCAAUAUAAGUGCAAUAGCAACUGCUGGGUGUGGGCGAAUUUGCGCCCCGCCACCGAUUUAGCUCGGGAGAUUUGUCUUCCGAGCACGAUGAUAUCGAUCCCAAUGACUUACCGCCAGCAGCUAGACCCAUACAGGAACAACCAACGAAACCUGUGGGUGCUGCCGCUGGCGGUGGACCACCAAAUAUGCCACCACCAACGGUACCAGGAUCAGCGGGCAUACCACCACAGCCUCAAGGUGCGGCGCCAGAUUUCUCGUUAAGUUUUGGUAAAACCUCGGGUACUACUGCUGCGGCAACGACAGGCUCAGCACCAGCUGGAGCAGCGGUACCACCACGUGGCGUAAGUGCUCCCACUAGUCCAGCUAAGUCACGUGAGAGCUUGUUGCAACGUGUUCAAAGUUUGACAGGGGCAGCACGAGAUCAAGGCGCUUCGAUAUUGGGUGCCGCUGUUCAAAGUGCCACACGUUCGCCGGCAUUCAACAAAGAUAAAUAUUUUACUUUGUUGGUACUGGAUGACCACAAUACAGACUGGUCGAAAUAUUUCCGUGGUAAACGUUUACAUGGCGAUUAUGAUAUACGUGUCGAACAAGCUGAAUUUAGGGAUAUUACUUUACAUGCCAGUGCUGAAUCUGGUCCCGUAGUAACAAUGGAAGUUUAUAGAGGUGAUUCAAGGAUUCCUCGCAUGUUCCGACCUGAUUUUGUACUCAUACGUCAACCACCGCGUGAUGGAUCCAACGAUUAUCGUUCAACAAUUUUGGGCUUAAAAUAUGGAGGAGUACCUAGUAUUAAUUCAUUGCAUUCCAUCUAUCAAUUCCAAGACAAACCUUGGGUUUUCGCUCAUUUGCAACAAUUGCAACGUCGCAUGGGCAAAGAUGCUUUUCCUCUGAUCGAACAAUCAUUCUUUCCUUCAGCCAAAUAUUUGCUAAAUUGGACAAAAUUCCCGUGUGUUUUGAAGGCAGGCCAUUGUCAUGGCGGUAUGGCUACAGCACGUUUUGAAAAUCAAAUGGGUCUGCAAGAUGCAGCCGGCCUUGUAACUGGCACCGGUUUUGAAGGCCAUUGCUAUUGCACCAUUGAACCGUACAUUGAUGCAAAGUUCGAUGUGCACAUUCAAAAGAUUGGCAACAAUUACAAGGCAUUUAUGCGUAAAUCCAUUACUGGUAACUGGAAAACUAAUCAGGGUUCAGCCAUGCUGGAGCAAAUUACCCUAACUGAAAAAUACAAGUCUUGGGUGGAUGAGAUCUCGGAACUCUUCGGCGGCAUGGAAGUGUGCGGUGUCUCCGUUGUUGUGGGCAAAGAUGGACGCGAGUAUAUAAUCAAAGCCUCUGACAGCACCUUUGCUUUAAUGGGAGAUUCUCAAGAAGAUGAUCGUAGACAAAUUGCUGAUCUGGUUACUUCACGCAUGCAGAAUGUCUGUCGCCCGAGCAUGAAUCAGCAAACAACUGGAGGCAACUAUGGUAAAUUACCCUCACGUUCAUCGGUGUCUUCUCGUGGUCAAAGUCCUACCGAUGAAAUGGGUCCUCCACCCAUAGCACCCACUGGACCAAGGCCAGCUCCCAUGGGCGGUCCACCACCAAUACCCGAACGUACUUCACCAGCUGUCGGCUCUAUUGGACGUCUCAGCAGCCGCAGCAGUAUUUCCGAAGUGCCCGAAGAGAAUGGUGCUUCUACUACUAGUGCACCGGCUGGUGGUCUGCCACGACGUGAUUCUCAGACAUCACAGGCUUCAAAUAUUUCAUCGGCUUCCAGGAGCACUCAACGUCCUCCGCAAACUCAGAGUUCAGUAGUUGAGGAUGCGGAGGACACCAUGAAGAACCUUAGAAAAACCUUUGCGGGCAUAUUUGGUGACAUGUAGGAAUUAGCCAACAAAAAACGCGGAAGAACAGCGAGCGAAUCGGGUCAUAGUAUGACUGGUGAGAGCGGUAGUGGCAGUGCCCCCUCCACAGGCGUAGGUGGCAUAAGCGUCAGUGGACUCACCAGUGCCGGUAGCUCGUUCUUGGGCAAACAAUUCUCGUUUACAUCUGGCAAAUCGAGUACUUCUGCCUCUUCGGGUCUAGGUGAUUCUGUGAUCUCCACACAACCCUCUCCGAAACCCGCCGAGAAACCGGUUGAUGCUCGAUCGGACACCUCGUCCACUUCCACACUGACCGCCGGCAGUGUGAGUUCCAGCAGCAAGCCUUCUUCCAGCGUUUUAGACACCUACGAUCAAGAGUCUAAAUACAAACCAGUCACCAAUUUUGAACCACAAGAACGUGUCAAUCCCUUCGAUAAGGGAGCCAUGAAAACCAGCACGACCACCACAACCAUAGGAGGUGUGUCCACCACAUCUUCAUCUUCGAUUUCUUCAUCAUCUAUUUCUUCGCGUAUAAAUGCUCGUACGGAUAGCACUUUUAAGUCGCCGCCACCACCAUCUAGACCACCGCCUCCACCUCCUCAAAAUGCCUCGAUUGCUACCAACUCCAGUACCACCUAUCAGAGUUCGACUGCUUCUAACAAGGACAAGACCAGUUAUAUCUAUGGCAGUUCCACUUCUAUUGAAACCAUAACACGCAUGGACACAACCACGGCUACCGGUAAUACGGUAAGCAAUGCCACAGCCUCCACCAGCCUGGGCCAGAGCAGCCAGGGUACGGCAAACACCAAAUUACGAAAUGAUACAGCAAACACCACCACCACAGACUGGAGAACUGCUAUAACAGCUCCAUUAAAUACUGGCACCCGCUCGGCCAGUGUCUACAGUGCACCAGCUGCGGUCACCGUACCAGCUACCGGCAGCGAAGAUGCUCAGUCAACUGCAGCCGCUUCGAAUGGUUAUAAUGCCGCUACGGACUUGCCGUCGUACACACGACCCUCGUACUCAAGAUCCGAAAGCAAUGGUUCCAACAACUUGAAUAAAAGCUCCGAUUUGGAUAUAAUAUUUGGCGAUAGCCAGCCUGUCUUGGGCAAUGGCAAAUUUACCCGUUCUGGCGGUUCACUCUCCGAUGCUGAAUUGAUUUUCGGCACUCCCAGUUCUGCCUACAAAACCGAUCGUUUUGGUACUUCCAAGAGUAUGAGCGUAACAUCUGAUCGCACCAGCAGCAGUUAUGGCCAAUCGAAUAGCAGUGCUAACAACUAUAAAAUCUAUGGGGGCAUACAAAAUGCCGCCUUUAGUGAUUUUAGUGAUGCUAAGAAAAGCGACAGUCAGAGCAGUAUACCAUCGUAUAAUAGUUGGAGAAAUAGUAGCAAACAUUUAGAGGAAGAAGAUGAUUUAGAUUUAAAAUAAACAUACAAAUAUUAAACAUUAACAAAAAUAGUUUAAAAAUUAAAGAAAUGUUACAUAAGAAAAAAAAAACCAAACACAAAACCAAUAUUAAACGUAUUUAAAAGUAAAGAAAAUUAAUUAAAAUAAUGUUUUAUUGUUACUGUUAAUGUCAUUAAGAAUAAUUACAAGCGAAAAUACAUACAUAAACAUAGAACAUCAUUAUUAUUAUUCAUAUACAUACAUACAUACUAAUAUAUUUAAAAGAAUAAACAAGAACUAUUAAGCAAAUAGAGUAAGAACAACACUUAAGCAUUAAUGCUCUUUACUUCUUCUCCCGUUUUCUUUUUGUGUUUUAAAACACUGAUCGGCAAAGAGCUUUGUUAAGAGCUUUCUUGUACUCACACACAUGUGUAAAAAACAAACAAAAAAACAAUAAGAGAACUUAUUUUUUACUCUCUGCCGAUGUAGGUUUUAAAACAGUCAACGACAAAGAAUAAACAUUUAGCUCUCUGACUACACCUGAAAACAGGGAGUAAAGAGAGCUUAACAUAACUAGUACUGUUUGUUUGUUAAAAGAGAGUUUUAUUUCCUUUUUUAAUAUACUCUCUUUAUCUCUCACUAACUCACUCACUUUCUCUCUCUCUCUAUCUGUCUCGAACUCAUACGGAAGCAACUACUUAUCGCCUCUAAAGUUUCCUGGUUUCAUGAAACAUUUGUUCAUGCAAAAUAUAAUUAAACUUUAUGUUUUUAAUUUCUUAAGUUAAUAACUUAACAAAUAUUGAUAUGUAUUAAUUAUUUAAAAAUAAAUAAAAAGAAUAAUUUAAUUAAUUGUUGAUGAAUGACGACAAAAACAACUUAGUUAAAUAUUGCACUUUAUAAUUGUUAUACAAUAGUGAAAAAUAAAUAAUUAAAAAAACAAGAAGCAUAAAAUGUUAAGGAUUUUAUAUUUUAUUAUAUAAAAUUCUGGCUUUAAUAAUGGGAAUCAUUGUGCUAAAUAAGAAAAAGAUAAUAAAGCGUUCUUUUAAGGCGCAAAUCAAAGUAAAUGUUGGCUUAUUAAAAAUACCCCAAGCGCUUAACACAAUUGAGGCGACAAACAAUAAAACUGAAAGAAAAACUUUUAACGUAAACUUAAAACAAAACUUUAAAAUCUGAACUAAGUUUCAAUAUAUAAUAUUCCUUUAAAUAUAUUCUCGUAAAAUUUAAAUUCUCCUCAUCUGAUCUUAUAACUCUCCUCCAUUUUAUCUUAAUGUUACAAAACUAAAUUUGAAUAAUAAAUUACUUUUCAAUAAUUCAUUUAAAACAUAAAAAAACCUAAAAUAUCUUCUAUAUAUUCUACCAAAUUUUGUCGCCCGUUGCUUUAAUUGUGUUUCUAAAUCACCACCAAUAUUAAAAAAAAACAAUGUAAACGCACUUAGCUCGAACUGCACAAAAUAAUUAAAUAAUUAAUAAUAAAAAAAAACUGCGAUAAUUAAGUUGAGCAUUAAAUAUUUUGUGUUAAGCAUUAAAAAAUAAUGAAAAACUCCUGACAAUGUUAUUUUAAACAAAUAAU